AUGCACUGCAACGAAGGCUGCACCGAAGCCAACUGGGGCUGCGACUCGUGUUACCUCUGGUUCGACUCGGUGUGCAACUGCGUGAGGACUGGAAAUUGCGAUUCUAGCGGUCCAUGGAUUCGGUUGAACGACGAGCUGCUGUCGACCACACAGCGGGUAGCGGGGAUCCUGAACCUCAACUCUGAAGAGCCUUGGAGGUGGGGACAGACACUUUACAAGCGAGCGACACAGGCUCUGGCGCUCAAUUCAGUGAGAACACGAAAACAGGAGCAAAUCCACUUUCAUAUUUGUGAUGGAAAGCUGCAACCCGGGGACCCUAAGUUUGUUCUAGGUGCUUUGAACUAUGCAAAUCAUAAGUCUCUCGCCCCGGUCCCAGGCCAUCCUCAUUGGAUGUGUCGGGUCCAGUCAACUGCGGGUGCUGAUAUCGAUGAUGUGACGGCUGAUAUCAAGACACAAACUGUGAAGGGUGGCGCCUGCAGCGAUUUAGUCGGGGCCGCUGUCUUGACGGACUCUCACGAUCGCACAUGGGUGUGUCUCACUACAGGAUUCGAAUCAGCCCAGGGAGCCUUUUGCAAGUGA